GAUAUAGAGAGUAAGAAUAUGUAUCUUUUUGACCUUUGACCUAUACCUGUCAGAACUAAGGUUACAUUAUAUACAAACUAUUUCUCUCUGAUGUACAAUUAAAUUUUGGACACUUCUCAUUCCAUUGAUAGAAAAUAGAUUUGGUGACAGUGAAGUCAUUUUUCAGGAUGAUAAUGCCUCUUGCCACAGAGCAAAAAGUGUUAAAGCUUUUCUUCAGGAAAGACACAUCGACAAAAUUACAUGGCCGGCAAAUAGUCUGGAUCUCAAUCCAAUUGAAAUUUUAUGGUGGAAAGUAAAGAACUGGUCUACGACAAGGUCCCAUCCUGCAAAUCUGAUCUGUCAAGCGCUAUUCAAGAAAAUUGGAAGCAGCUUGGUGGAGAAUAUGGUUUUUCAUUAGUGAAGUCCAUGCCUCAAAGAAUUCAAGUCAUCAUAUAAUCCUGAACAGGAGUAACAAAUUGGUGGCGAUAAUUCACCAAUGCCGGUUUGCUAACCACCAAUAAACCUCUGAAGAAGAAGAACAAAAACACCACACGCUUGGACUCACAUCUUCAUGUGAAAGAGCGCUUCGGAUCUGCGUAACAUCACUAAAGUGUCCUGAUUCUUUACACCUCUUAUAAUGAAAUCAGAGUCCAGAUGCCGCUAUUUAGGAAAAUCUCCACAGACUCCUGCUGCUACUGGCUCAAAGAUGUACCAGUGCUCAGAUUGUGGGAAGAGUUUUACUCAUCAGAGUGUUCUCCGACAACACCAGCGCAUUCACACAGGAGAGAGGCCAUAUGACUGCUCACAGUGUGGGAAGAGUUUUACCCAAAUAUAUACUCUCCAACGGCACAAUCGCAUCCACACAGGAGAGAAGCCGUAUAACUGUGGACAAUGUGGGAAGACUUUUGCUUACCAGAGUACUCUCCAACAACACGAACGCCUUCACACAGGAGAGAAGCCGUAUCACUGUGGACAGUGUGAGAAGAGUUUUGCUUACCAGAGUACUCUGCGACAACACGAGCGCAUUCAUACAGGAGAGAAGCCAUAUUAUUGCUCCCAGUGUGGAAAUAAUUUUACUCGUCAGAGUCAUCUCCAACGACACGAGCGCAUUCACACAGGAGAGAGACCGUAUCACUGUGGACAGUGUGAGAAGACUUUUACACGAGAGAGCCAUCUCAAACGACACGUACUCAUUCACACAGGACAGAGACCGUAUCACUGUGGACAGUGUGAGAAGAAUUUUAGUCAAGAGAGUCAUCUCCAACAACACCAGCUCAUUCACACAGGAGAGAAGCCGUAUCACUGCUCACAGUGUGGGAAACGUUUUCGUGACCAGAGGGCCUUCCACAGCCACCAGCAGAGUCAUACAGGACAGAAGAUGUACCAGUGCUCACAGUGUGGGAAGUGUUUUACUAAUCAGGGUAAUCUCCAACGACAUGAACGUGUUCACACAGGAGAGAAGCCGUAUCACUGUGGACAGUGUGGGAAGUGUUUUACUAGUCAGGGUAAUCUCCAACGACAUGAACGUGUUCACACAGGAGAGAAGCCGUAUUACUGUGGACAGUGUGGGAAGAGUUUUAGUCAGCAGCGUCAUCUCCAACGACACGAGCUCAUUCACACGGGAGAGAAGCCAUAUCACUGCUCACAGUGUGGGAAGAGUUUUACUCGUCAGAGUCAUCUCAAACAACAUGAGCGCAUUCACACAGGAGAGAAGCCAUAUCACUGUGAACAGUGUGGGAAGAGUUUUGCUUACCAGAGUGCUCUCCAACAACAUGAGCGCCUUCACUCAGGAGAGAAGCCGUAUCACUGUGGACAGUGUGAGAAGAGUUUUGCUUGCCACAGUACCCUGCGACAACACAAGCGCAUUCACACAGGAGAGAGGCCAUAUUACUGCUCCCAGUGUGGAAAUAGUUUUACUCAUCAGAGUCAUCUCCAACGACACGAGCGCAUUCACACAGGAGAGAGACCGUAUCACUGUGGACAGUGUGAGAAGACUUUUACACGAGAGAGCCAUCUCAAACGACACGUACUCAUUCACACAGGACAGAGGCCAUAUCACUGUGGACAGUGUGAGACAAGUUUUAGUCAAGAGAGUACUCUCCAACAACACCAGCUCAUUCACACGGGAGAGAAGCCGUAUCACUGUGAACAGUGUGGGAAACGUUUUCGUGACCAGAGGGCCUUCCACAGCCACCAGCAGAGUCAUACAGGACAGAACGCGUACCUCUGUGGACACUGUGGACAAAGCUAUAGAUAUGCAAAUUCAUUAAGGAGACACAAGUGCUCUAACAUAAAUCCAUCAGAUCACAAAACACAAAGGCAGAAUGUAGAAUCUGUAAGGUAAAAAUAUCAUAUGGAGCAGGUCCUACUGACCACCUUCACAACCGUAUUACUCUCUCUGUAGACUUGCUUAAAGUUGUAAUGGAAUAAAAACAAUAAAUGAGUUGAAUUACAUAAUAUAAUGGUACAUAUUAAGUACACAUUCUAAUGUCACAUUUAGCUUUUAGCUAUUAAAAGACCGUCAUUGAGACUGUCAAAAAUAAUAAAAAAUGAGUGUAUAUGUGGGGC